ACCGCACACGGUCAGUCAAAUCACAGGCCGCGGGGGCGCGCGUCGCUCCGCACUCCGCCAUGCCCAAUCGGAAACUUAAAGAAAAACAUCUCGAAGCUUUGUUUAAAAUUACGCGCUUUUCUAAGAAUGAGCUAGAAGGCCUGUACUCCAUGUACAGAAGAUUGGUAACAGCUGCUCAGGCCGCGGCGCCAGCUACCGCCAUCGGACACCCGCCUAAAAUCGAAGGUAUAGACCAAAGUACAUUCCGAGACGUGAUGCACAACACCUUCGAUUUAGUAACAGAAGAGGCUAUUCUGGAAAGAGUUUGGAUUACGUGGGAGAGGGGCGCUGCUGGUGGGGAGGGGGCGUUGAGGUUCGAAGUGUGGGUCCGAGGGUUGAGCGUACUCCUCAGAGGAACCAAGGAGGAAAGAUUAGCACAUUGCUUCGCCGUGUAUGAUCUGAACUCAGAUGGGUUCAUUACGAAGGAUGAGAUGUUUGUGCUCCUCAAAAAUUCGUUACUUAAGCAACCAGGAGACGAAGAUCCGGACGAAGGUGUUAGAGAUUUAGUCGAGUUAGUGUUAAGGAAAAUGGAUAUAGACAAUGACGGGAAGGUCUCACUGGAUGAUUACAGAGAAGCGGUAGCCCAAGAACCAUUACUAUUGGAAGCUUUUGGCCAAUGUUUGCCUUCCAAACGUCACGCAGCGACUUUCCUCAAGACCUUAGUUAUUAAGACGUAGCAACACUAAUGUUAUCUAGCUAUUUAGUCAUUUAUCUAGUUAUUAAGUAAUUUAAUAUUUGUAUUUUAAGUGUAAAUUAUAUUUAUAAAAUGUAAGUUCAUGUUGGUCGGCACCCUUACCUCAUUUUCAAUAAACGAUUCCAAUCCAUUUUACGAUCGAUCUCAGAAAUGGAUCAAUGAGAACAAAGUUUUUUUUUGACAGAAUGCAAAUGAGUUAUUUUGAUCGGUCCAUUUUCGGAAUGGGAUUUAAGAUUGAGAUUGGGAUCGUUUAUUGAAAACGGUUGUAAACUUGGCAUAGGAAAACAUAAAUCUCUAAGUCAUAACUAUCUCUGCAUACCCUAAUAAACAUCAUGUAUCGUUGUAAGGGUUGGUUAAGAAUAAAAUCUCAGAAUAACAAAA